AUGUAUGAGCCACUGUACAACGCCUUUGACGCCUACCCGACCGUCAUUCCCCGAGUUAGGGUGCGAGGCGUGAUGGCUCUCUUCCUAGCGGUCUCCAUUUUAUGGGCCCUGAUUUGGCUUUUAUAUCGUGCAUGGCAAGUAUGCCAAACGCCCAAUGAGCUUCUCGUGGAGAAAUUGGGUCUCGAUAUUCCGCCGCCGCCAGAAGUCACCCUCGAAGAGAUCACAGCUCGUGAGAUCCGCCUAGCCUGGAAACAACCCGAUUUUCACAAUUCCAUACAUAAACAUAUCAUUCAAGUGAAUAAUGUCAAAGUGGGCGAGUCGAAACGCGCAGAGACCGCGGUGGAAAUAUUAAAUCUCAUUCCUGGGAGCAUUUAUCACAUUUGUGUUCUAUCCGUCAGCGCAGCAAAUUUUCAGACCCCAAGUGCGAUCCUCCACGUCCGAACGAAAUCUCUUCCCUUGUCCCGAUCCCAACAAGAUGCUCCCACCGGCGGUCCAACGAUUCGAGCAUCAAUUCCACGAUCCACGGCCGGCCUACCAACUCCAUCUGCCCCGGUGAUGGCCCGCGAACAUAGCGCCGGACAAUUACCAGGGAAGCGACCAUCCGCCGGGCGCAAACUUUCCCCCGCAACCACUGGAUCGGCAGAUUUUGCACACGGGCACGAUGAAUUGCAUAAAGGCGUGUUUAAGAAUGAUCGCGAUGGAAGUCUGGAACAACUCGCCGAUCGAUUAAAAGCGUUACAACAAGAAAAUGAAAACACGGAAAAACAAGUGACUGAGGAGGAAGACGAGCAUAUUGUCAUGCUUAGAGAGCUAGAAAAGCAUCGUGACGAGUUGAAGAAACGGGUCAAGGAGAAGGAUGAAGUCAGUGGAGAUCUCAAAAAGCACGUCUCGAAACUAGAGAGUGUCAAUCGCUCUGUGCAGGGCGAGAAAUCCAAACGCAUGAGACUUCUUCAGCAGAAAGAAGCCGAGCGCAAGAAACGCAAGAACGAUAUCGUCCGAUGGCAAGAACGGAUUGCCCGGAUGGCUUCGGAUGCUGCACAGGCCAAAGAAGACAAGACCCGAUUAGAGGAAGAUGGUGAGACUCGAGGCGAAGAAGUUCGCAAGAAGAUUGCGAAGGAGCAGGCGGAGAUGAAAUUGAUCGAUGAAGAAAUUCAAGAUAAGGGAGGCCGGAUCAAGAAAUUAGAGGAUGAACGACAAGGUCUUCAGGGUGGUGAUAACGAGGAUGGGAAGGAACUGGACCGAAUUGAUAAUGAGCGGGCUCGACAAUGGGAAAUGAAGCUAGGCGAGCUCCACGCUCGAUACGCUACGCUCGUCAAUCUCCAUGCACAGGCCCAACAGCAAUAUCAAGAAGCCCAGGAGCGGUUGAAAUGGCUUACUACGCAACGUCCUGGCAGCUCUGGUCCAUUUUCUUUGCCGCCUUUGGACCUGGACAUGUCCAAUUCAGCGACAAUUCGGCCCCGUCGUCAUCGCAGCUCUUUAGUGAGCAAUUUCUCCUCCUCUUUGAAUUACCCAGGUAUCGACUCGACGUUCCCCGGGAUCAACAACAACAAUAACAACUCCCUCCCACCUUCUUCCAACUCUCCCACAUUCCCUCCAACAUCUACCUUCUUCAACAUUAACAAUGGUAUGACUCUUCCGAGUCUCUCUGAUCCACCGGAGAUCAUGCGCUCUGAUGCAGAAGCCACGUUCAGUAAUCCGCAGAUGAGCCCCCGAGCCGAUGCCUUGCUGCCAUCAGACCUGCUUGGAGACGAGGAAUCAUCACCCGAAUACCCACGCCCUUCUCACCACACGCGAUUUUCCAAUAUGGAUUUGUCUAACAUGAUGCCUUUGGAUGGGUUUGGGCAUGGUCCUGUCUCUCCUGUUUCUUCUGGGAGUAGGCCUGGCAGUUUAUUUGCAAGCCCAUUGGAGACCCGUCAUCGACAGGACUCUGGUUCCCAACCAGGACAGUCAUCUGCUGCUGCCGAAGAGGCGCCGAAAAGCGCUUCUCGACGACUUUCUGGGAUCUUUGGAUUCCACCGACCACGUGGAAAGACGCUGGCCGAUGGACCACCUAUGUUGGGUACUUUGAAACCUGGACAAAGUCAAUCUUUCCCACGGAAUGUUGAUGAACUAGAUCCAAUCGGAUCCCGACGUCGAAGACUGAGCUAUACUGGUAACUGGGCAAAUGCAAUGUCACUUUUCCCUCGAAGCAACACCACUGGCGUCACUACGGACAGCUCGUCUGAUCAUGCGCCUUCGCGGAGAGCUGCCUUUUCAAAUAUCUUCUCCUCUAGCAAGUUUGGGUUUGGUGGUGCUGGCAGUCGUGGAGGAAAUUCCGACUUGAGCACUGGAUAUAACCAAUUCAGCCCACGUCAUGACCCCAUUGACCCGUCCUCUCUUCUCGGUGGUGGCAGUGGCAGUGGUGGUGGUGGUGGUAGCGGUGGUGGUGGUGGUGGCGUUCGACGCGGCUCUCUAUCCCCGCGGCCGUCAUCCACGUUUUCCUUCGACAAUCCGAAUCAGCUUCCCCACCCAUCUACUGAUAACCGUCAUUUUGGGUGGCCGUCUACGGAUCAAAUGGGCCAUCGCAACAGUCCUCUUGGGCUGGAUUGGACGUCGCCCUCAACAUGGUCACGGGCACCUUCUCGCCGACCCUCAUUCCAAUAUGGGUCCUCUGGUCAUCUUCCUUUGGGAUUGACUGGUGAGCCUGAUUUUGUCGAGGAUACGUAUGAUCGACAUCAUCGGCCAUUGCAAGCGCCAAUUGGUACCCGCCCAUCCUCUUCCCAUCGACCUAUCACACCGAAGCUCAAUCCAGCUGCACCAUCAUUCAGAGGGAUGUUUGCAAGCAGAAGAUCUGAUAGGGAGAGAGAGAAGGAUAAAGAUGAAUCUGAUGUACCCUUUGACCUUCAUGUCGACGACGGGUCUCCUUCUGAGCCUCGUACCUCUCGAUCAUUCUCUCAUUUCACGGGCGAAUCAUACGAGUCCUUGGAACGAAUGCCAUCUGGUACAUCCGCGGACAACGCAUCCAAGGAGUCAUUUAUUCGCAAGAUCACCCGGAAGGGUAGUUCGAGCAAGUUUAGCUCUUGGAAAGACCGGUCUGGAUUAUUUUCGAAGAAGGGGGAGUCUUCACAAACAGAUAUCGAUGAAGAUGCAGCCAGUGAGGCUCAGCUAGCGAAGAGUAUUGAUAGCACAAUCUCUAGCGCGCCAUCUGCGGACCGAUCUACUCGCAGUAGUCUUGGGUUUUUCUCUCGCAAGUCGCGAAAAUCCGACAAGGCGAGUGAGACAAGCGAGCUAGCUAGUGAGGCCGGUGAUGAAGAAAUCCCAGAAAUCCCAGAGAUUCCUUCAUCCUGA